AUGAGGAGGCAUGGACUCAGGGGCGACGUCAUCACGUACAACGCCCUGCUCACCGCGUGCGACAAGGGGCGGCAGCUGGACCGGGCCCUGGAGGUCUUCGCCGAGAUGCAGAGGGAGGGGAUACAGCCCGAUGUCAUUACGUACAACUCCCUGAUCGGCGCCUGCUCGAAGAGCUCCCAGCCAGAACGAGCUCUGUCGUUCUUCGAGGACAUGCAGGAGCGGGGGGUUCAGCCCGACGUCGUCAUCUACAACUCCCUCCUCAGCGCCAUCUCAAAAGGCUCGAGCCCGUCCAGGGCCGUGGAGGUGUUCGAGCGGAUGCAGACGGCGGGCCUCAAGCCCGACGUCAUCACCUUCAGCGCGCUGAUUAGCUGUUGCGCGAAGGGCUGCCAGACGGCGAAGGCCCUGCACUUCUUCGAGGUGAUGAAGACCCGCGGCCUGAAGCCCGACGUGAUCACCUACAGCGCCCUGAUCAGCGCGUGCGAGAAGGGCCGCCAGGCGGACAGGGCGCUGCAGCUGUUCGGCGCCAUGCAGGAAGAGGGCCUGGAGCCCAACAUCAUCACCUUCAACGCGCUGAUCAGCGCGUGCGAGAAGGGGGGCAAGCACGAGAAGUCGCUGCAGCUGUUCUCCACGAUGCGGGCGCGGGGCAUCUGGCCCGACGUCAUCACCUACAGCGCCCUGAUCAGUGCGUGCGAGAAGGGCGGGCAGGCCGCCAGGGCGAUGCAGCUCUUCCGCGAGAUGCUGAAGAACGGCCUCGCGCCCAACAUCAUCACACUGAACGCGCUGAUCAGCGCGUGCGAGAAGGGGGGCGAGCCCGGGAAGGCGGUAGAGAUCUUCAACAACAUGGGCCGGUGGGGCGUGGCGCCCGACGUCAUCUCCUACAACGUGGUGAUCAGCUCUCACUCCAAAGGGCCAGAGCCAGAGCGGGCGCUGGAGGUCUUCGAGCAGAUGCAGGAUGCGAGAGUCACGCCCGACGUGAUCACCUAUCUACUGCUCGCUAAUCACCGCGUGUGA